AUGGGGGGAACGGGACCGAGGGUCCCGGCUGGCCAGAGGGCCGUUCCCCAUGGGGGGAAGGGGACCGAGGGUCCCGGCUGGCCAGAGGGCCGUUCCCCAUGGGGGGAAGGGGACCGAGGGUCCCGGCUGGCCAGAGGGCCGUUCCCCAUGGGGGGAAGGGGACCGAGGGUCCCGGCUGGCCAGAGGGCCGUUCCCCAUGGGGGGAAGGGGACCGAGGGUCCCGGCUGGCCAGAGGGCCGUUCCCCAUGGGGGGAAGGGGACCGAGGGUCCCGGCUGGCCAGAGGGCCGUUCCCCAUGGGGGGAAGGGGACCGAGGGUCCCGGCUGGCCAGAGGGCCGUUCCCCAUGGGGGGAAGGGGACCGAGGGACCCGGCUGGCCAGAGGGCCGUUCCCCAUGGUGGGAAGGGGACCGAGGGUCCCGGCUGGCCAGAGGGCCGUUCCCCAUUGGGGGAAGGGGACCGAGGGUCCCGGCCAACCAGAGGGCCGUUCCCCAUGGGGGGAAGGGGACCGAGGGUCCCGGCCAACCAGAGGGCCGUUCCCCACGGAGAGGGGACCGAGGGUCCCGGCUCGUGACAUGCGGAGAUAGAGAGAGAAAGAUCCGCGGGGGACGAUCCGCGGGUCGAGGAGCCCGAGGCGGGGGGAGAGGAGCGCGAGGGGACCAAGGGGAUCGCGGUGCUCGGGCCGGGGGGAGAGGCGGACGCGGGACCACCGGAAGGGCAAGAGCCCCGCUGCUAGGGGAAGAGGCGGCGAUCGAGAGAACGGGUACGUGGCGGGAACGACACGACCGCCCUGAACGGACACUGGAGCCAGCCAAUGGGGGUGAAGCUGCUUCUGACACCUCCCCGAAUGGGAGCGAAUUUAUCCCGUCCGGCUCAGAUGCAUCGGAAGGAAUCUCCUUGGGCGACGAGGAGGAGUUUCGCCACGAUGGAGGCAGGGGACGGGGGAGAAGGACAGGAGCCGGUGGUAUACCACAAGCCGCCAACGCAAGAGCUAGGCCGGUGGAGGGAGAGGUGACACAGCCAUCUGAAAAAUCCCCAGCUGACCUGGCAAACGACGAGAGCAUCUGGCAGCUGGCCAGUACCUGGGACGUGGCACCACUGGUGCGUGUGGACCAGCCCUUCCUGGAGCAUGGACAGUGCUGCAGUACCUGCCACGUUUGA